AUGUCUGUAAUAAAAACCAUUAUGCUCUUAUUUGAAUUUUUAUGUUUGCUAACUCCUUCAGAGAGUAAAUGAACUAUUUUGUUUAUUGGGAGGUUUUUUUUUUACAUUAAUAAAUUUUUAUUAUUAAAUUUUUAAAUCCAUUAUAGCACCUUUAAGUUAAAUUGCAGAUUUAAAAAUUAGUCUUUCGUUCAAAUUAAACAGGUUUAGCUGAAUUUUAAUUAUUAAUCAUAUGUUAAUAUAAAUUUUUUAUAUUAAAACAAUUGAUUUUAUAGAGGGGAGUGAGCAUUGCAAGCGCAGAAAAUUACAUCAACAGUGGCAAAGACUGGGAAGGACUCUGCAAAACUGGUCACAUUCAGUCCCCAAUAAACUUGAAAUCUUCUGAUGCAGAUUUCAUCGAAAAGGACUCAGCCAUCUCAUCUUCCUUAUCUCUUGAAUUUCUCCUUGCAGCAUCAACUGGCUUAUUUACAAAUACAUCUUAUCAGCUACUAGGAAACUUCGGAGGAGUUAUACUUGGCACAGGUAAAAAUGACGAAAUCAAGCUUUUUUCGACAAAAAUUGAGCUCCAUUCUCCUUCAGAACACUACAUCCAAGAUAAACAAUUUGACUUACUCUUCUUUCCUUCGAGGAAGCUCAAUAUUAAUUUAUGGCCAUAAGACUGUUCAGUUUGACUUUUCCAAUUAAUUUUAUUUAAAAUUUAUUUUUCUGACAAAGAUCUGAUUUAAAUUUAUUUUUCUAGGGGAGUUGGAAAUGCAAAUUUUCUUAAGCGAUGGCGAAACAGACGAAUUCUCCUAUAUUUUAUCAGUCUUCUACCAAGAAUCAAACCAAACAAGCAAAUUUCUCAAAGACGUAAUUGAAUCAGAAGGCAAAACGCUGAAAAUUGAUGUAGGAAAUGCAUUUGAAAGCAUUGAAAAAAUUUACAAUUUUUAUUUUUACGAAGGCUCAUAUACUUGCUAUCUGAAUUAGUGCUUAACGUAUCGUUUAGUACCUCACUACAGUAUAAAUACAAAUCUUCUUAAUGCAAAAUUCACAGAUAUUAUUCCACACCCUUUUUAUCGGCUUACCUGGGAAACUCUUAAGCCAUGGCGCCAGUCGCCAAGACUACCAAAUCUCAUGGGCCGUAGCAACUUAUUCUUUUUACUCGUCUCCAUCGCGUAUUUCGCUUAAAAUCUCCUCUUAGGAAUAGUAGCAGUAAAAAUCAUAUGCCUCUUAACCAGCCUCUAGCCUAUAUGCCAGGAUAUUAUUUGUGUAGCUGAAUAAAGAAAAUCUUAACCCCAUAAAUAGCAAAACUACGAACAAAGAGAUGGAAAAGCUCUCAGAUGGUGCUUAUUCUGACGUAGCCAUUUUAUUAUUAUGAAGACUAAUAUACAGUACCACCCUGCACUGAAGAUAUUGGUUGGCUCAUCUGGCCUCAAAUCCAAAAGAUGGACAAACCUCAGCAUGAUUUUUUUAGCAGCCAAUGGCAAAACAAUACAGAUUUCGCCGAAGGCAACGGGAAUAACCGAGAAAUCCAAGCUCCCGGCAGCAGAAUCAUUAUCUACUUUGACGGCGUCGACAAACUAUCAUCAACCUCCCUCCUUUUCCUGCUCCCUUCCAGUUUCUAUUUCAUGCUAUAUUUUUAA